UCCAGGCAGAGGCGCGAUGGCCGACUGUGGCGGCCCAGCCGAAGCGCCAAGCCCGCGGGGUUCUCCCCGGUCGGAAUCCCGGGCCCCGCGCACGGCCGGGCCGAGCGAGACCCCGCGUACCGCGGCGCUGGCGCUGCGCUUCGAUAAGCCCAUCAAACAGGCUUUCUACAACACGGGCGCCGUGCUGUUCGUGUGCCUGUGCUGCGGCGCCGCGGUUCUUGUGUACUUCAUCCUCGAGGCCUUUCUGCGGCCGCUGCUCUGGGCCGUGCUGUGCGGCACCUUUCUGCACCCGUUCAAGAGCUCGCUCACGCGCCUGGGCCGCCUGUGGCUGCGGCGUCUGCACCGCGCGCACACGCCCAUCGUGCUGGCGGCGCUGCUGCUGCCGCUCUGCUUCGCGGACUACGGCGUGGAGGCUCUGGGCGAGCAGGCGCUGCGCCGCCGCCGCCUGUUGCUGCUGCUGGGCGCGGGCGGUCCGCUGCUCUACGGUCUCUACUGCCUCGGCAGCUACCUGGGCGUACAGGUACUGCUAGCGCACGCGGGCGCGCUCAUCUGCCGCGGCCUCGACUACUUCAGCAGCUUGUGGAUCUGGACCUUGGUAGUGGGCUACGUGCUGCUGGUUUCAUUCAAGUGGAAUGCAAGCACUCAACACUACUUGAGAGCAGUUUCGAUUCCUGUUUGGAUGAUACUGCUUUUUCAUAUAGCAUCACUGGCUGGCUCAUGGAGAAUUCCAGUAUUCCUGGUUAUUGUUUUCCUGAUGUCUGUGGGUACUCUUUAUGAAAAACAGAAUGAGAAGGAGUCGGCUGGGGCAGAAUUACCAGGACAAGUGAUCUCCAUGGCUGCUUCUACACUUGCAAACUUGGCCAUCUCCAUCACUGGGUAUGAGUCGAGCAGUGAAGACCAGCCCUCUGACCCGUCAGCAGAGCCCACAGACAAGGGAGAACCUCCUCCAGCACUGUCUGCUUCUUCUUCCUCCUCCUCUCGUUCCUCACCCUCUUCUCCUUCACCUACUUUGGGCAGACAGAGGCCUGAGAUGGGAACAUUUCUCAGAAAGAAGAAAACGAGUGACAUUUACUUUGUGUCUCUUGUGUGGGCCAUCAUUGCCGUCCAGCUCUGGCUGAACCUGUGGAUCGUACAGCUGCUGCCGGUGCCCGUUGCAGUCUGGAUCAUCAAAAAGCUGGUGAUUCACUUUGGAGUGGUGGGCUUCCUGGAGAAACGUUGCCACGCAUGGUGGCAGGUGAUCGAGAGCUUCCUGAAGGAGCGGCAGGAGGCUUUAGCACCUUGGCCAAUUACUGGGCUUGGAAAGUUCUUACUAAAAGUUGAUAGCAAGAUGAUCAUCUGGUUGGAGAAGAUGUUAGAUAAAAUUAUUAGCAUUUUCAUCAUAUUCUUGCUAGUAAUAGGAACCCUUCUUUUAGCCCUUCUCCUGACUGCAAAGGUACAUCAAGAGAGUGUACACAUGAUUGAAGUCACAAGUAGUCUGAUUAAUGAAACUCUAGCAAAUCACCCAGAGUGGGCCAAUUGGCUUCCUGAGGCUCAGGUGGUCCAAAGAGCUCUUAAUUCCGCAGCAAAUAAUGUAUAUCAGUAUGGACGGGAAUGGAUAACUCACAAGCUUCACAAAAUUCUAGGAGAUAAGGUGAACAAUACAGCUGUGAUUGAGAAGCAAGUUCUAGAGCUGUGGGACAGACUGUAUCACUCUUGGUUUGUUAAGAACGUGACACACUCUGGAAGGCACAAAGGGCACAAGAUGCACGUGAGUCGUCAGAACAGCUGGCUGGGAGAUAUUUUAGACUGGCAAGAUAUUGCCUCCUUCGUUCAUGAGAACAUCGAGACCUUUCUGUCGAUAUUAUCUUUUGGCUUCCAAAUAUGGAAGAUGAAGAUCCUGGAGUCUCUGUGGAUUGUUAUGAGCCGGAACGUGAGCCUGCUGUUUACCACAGUCACCACCCUGCUGACCAUCCUCUUCUACAGUGGCACUGCUCUUCUCAACUUCGUGCUUUCUCUGAUAAUUUUCCUGACCACACUGUUUUAUCUGUUAAGUUCCAGUGAUGAGUACUACAAGCCAGUGAAGUGGGUGAUAAGCCUGACACCACUCUCUCAGCCAGGCCCUUCUUCUAACAUUAUCGGCCAGUCUGUGGAAGAGGCCAUCAGAGGGGUAUUUGAUGCUUCCCUCAAAAUGGCUGGCUUCUAUGGAUUGUACACCUGGCUGACUCACACUGUAUUUGGCAUCAAUAUUGUCUUCAUACCAUCAGCUUUGGCAGCUAUCCUUGGAGCAGUGCCAUUCCUGGGGACAUAUUGGGCAGCAGUACCUGCAGUUCUAGACCUGUGGCUGACACAAGGCUUAGGCUGUAAGGCCAUCUUACUCCUGGUCUUUCAUCUCUUGCCAACGUACUUCGUAGAUACUGCGAUCUACUCGGAUAUAUCAGGAGGAGGCCACCCCUACCUGACUGGCUUAGCAGUGGCUGGUGGAGCCUACUACCUGGGCCUGGAAGGAGCCAUCAUUGGGCCGAUUCUUCUCUGCAUACUUGUCGUAGCUUCCAAUAUCUACAGUGCCAUGCUAGUGAGCCCUACGAAUUCAAUGCCCACACCAAGUCAGACCCCGUGGCCUGCUCAGACUCAGAGGACUUUCCGUGACAUCUCUGAAGAUCUGAAAUCUUCAGUAGAUUGACAUGGCCUCACUGCAAUGACUUCUCUGGGGAGUUUCACCUUGAGAGUGAGUCCUCUGAGCUUUGGCCUCUGUUCUGUCAGCUGUGCCUGGCAGGCAGGAGUACCCACAAAAGAAGCAGAAGCCUCCCAGCCUUACAUGCAGAACACCAAGUGAGAAAGAACUUGCUCUAGGCUGCUUCGCAUUUUAAAACACAGCUUGAGAGUUGAGACCUGUGUCUGCUCACAGCUCAUGCUAAGUUGGCUUGAAAAGUUGCAGUUCAUGCACUGGUACCAAGACUUGAAAUUGCCCUCUUUGGUUAUCUGCUGCAGUGUUUAUUUAUAAGUUAUUUUAAGGAUUCUGAAUUACCUGCUAUUAAACAUGUAUUCAGUGUAA